CAAGCGAUUUUGAAUGCUCAGUGUUGUUAGUAGCCUCGGUAGCCACAUGUAGCUCCCACUGGAGCUCAGAUAGCAGCAGCUCCUGAUAAUUAAACUCCGUUUGUGGUCAAAUGGUCUUAGAGGAGCAUCAGAACUAUGGAGGCUCCCCCUGUUACUGUGAUGCCUGUCACCGGCGGAACCAUCAACAUGAUGGAGUAUCUGCUGCAAGGCAGUGUACUGGACCAGGCGCUGGAGAGCCUCUUACAUCGCCUUCGUGGUCUCUGUGACAACAUGGAACCUGAAAGUUUUACAGAUCACGAACUAGUUUACCUUUUGAAAGGCCAACAAGGAAACCCUUUCAUUUUACGUGCCCGGCGCUCCCUCUCCCAUCCCAAAGCUCCAUGGCACCUACGUUAUCUAGGCCAGCCUGAAGUGGGAGACAAGAGCCGCCACGCCUUGGUUCGCAAUUGUGUUGAUGUGGCCGCCUCACACAGCCUUCCAGAGUUCCUAAAUGAGAUGGGCUUCCGCAUGGAUCACGAGUUUGUAGCCACGGGCCACAUAUUUCGUAAAGGUGCUAUGAAAGUCGUGGUUAGCAAGGUGUCUCGGAUCCUGGUACCAGGGAACACAGAAAACACAGAGCGAAUGUCACUUUCGUGUUUAGUUGAACUGAGUGUUUGUGCGCCUGCCGGCCAGGAUACUGUAUCGGAGGACAUGCGCAGCUUUGCUGAGCAACUCAAACCCCUCAUUCACCUGGAGAAGAUUGAUCCAAGCAAACAGAGACAUUAAGUUUGAUUUACUUAUGUCCUUUUUUGCAAAAAAUGUAAUUGACUGCUUUUGUUUUUAUUGCCUAUGUUUUUUUUAUACUAUGUUUGUGUUAUAGAAAAAUUAAAUACAGUGCAACUUUGUAACAGUUAUGCCUCUGGUUUAUCUGUUUAUGUAAGCCAAAAAACCUCUCAUCCAUCAAAAAUCUGCAAAUUUCUCUGGUUUUCAUCAAAUUCUGAUCACCAAAGUUAUCAGGGCUUAAUCUUAC